GUCAAUCAGCUGUUAUCGCUGCACGCAUUCUGCUCCCGUGCUAAUGAAUCAAGAACAAUGGCUUCGAGAAGCUGGCAGCCUCGGCAUGCCCAUCAUGGUUCAUGGUACUACUAUUUCAUUACUCUCGAUCAUUGGACGUGCGUACGACAGAACAGGCAGAGCUAUUAUACGACUUCUAAGCCGAGUCGAAACUUUGGCUAGGCGCUCCUUGACUAGCACCUUGACUUGAGUUGAGUACGUCUUGCCCGGUAACUCGAAACGUAUAGCCGAAGAACGCCGGUGAACUGUUUGUGUGUGUGUCCGCAUAUGUGAACUCGGCCUCAUUUACGAAUUAUCGGGUCACUAAAUGAUACUUUUUACAUUGUUCAGACAGAAACGUGUCAAAGUUACUGAUUCGAAAGGAUUAAUUGAGUGAUAUCGACAUUGGAUUAAUUAGACUGCCUUUGUUAUGACAGUUCCAUGUAAACAUCUUGAGAAUAGAAUGUGAUACCUAAUAACAGACAAAAUGUCUCCACCGCUGGUUUUGAACCCUCCCUUAUUGAUGUCAGUGGCAACCCCAUUGAGAGACAGUAUGCCUUGUACCACAACGAAAGGACUUCUUAAUGAGCCUGGCCAAAACAAUUGUUUCCUCAAUAGUGCAGUACAGGUGCUGUGGCAUCUGGAUAUCUUCAGGAGGAGCUUCAGGGACCUAAUGGGCCAUGCCUGUAUGGCAGAUUCUUGCAUUUUUUGUGCCUUAAAGGAGCUCUUCUCUCAACUCCAAUUCUCGAAUGAAUCAGCUCUUCCACCAGAUGCCCUCAGGAAGGCACUUGCUGAGAGUUUUUCUGACCAGCAGCGUUUCCAGCUAGGAUUCAUGGACGACGCAGCAGAAUGUUUCGAGAACAUACUGCUGAGAAUUCACAUGCAUAUAGCACAUGGCGAAUCCCAAGACAUGUGCAAUGCACAACACUGCAUACCACAUCAGAAAUUUGCAAUGACUUUGGUGGAACAAACAGUAUGUGGUUCUUGUGGAGCAACGUCAGAACCGCUGUCAUACACACAGAUGGUGCAUUAUGUAUCCACAUCUACACUAGUCUAUCAAGUCCGAAAUGGUAAUGCAAGGGCUUCGCCUUAUAACCACACAUCUUUCGGUCAAUUACUGAGGAAAGCUGGAAAUAUGGGCGAUGUCAGAAUGUGUCCGAGUCACUGUGGUGCUGUCAUUCAAAUCACAAGAACUCUGAUGAACUGGCCCGAAAUAGUAUCAAUUGGCCUAGUUUGGAAUUCCGAAAGGCCUUCUCUAGAACAUAUAAUGGAAGUAUUUUCCACUAUUGGAACCACGAUGCUAUUGGGAGACGUAUUCACUUCUGUCACGGAGAAGAAAUGGACCGAAAACUGCACUCAUAAUUUGGUUGGAGUAGUCACAUAUUACGGAAAACACUAUUCCACCUUCUUUUUCCACACGAAACUGAGGGUAUGGAUUUAUUUCGAUGAUGCUACAGUUAGACAAGUUGGUCCACACUGGGAGCAAGUAGUGGAAAAAUGUAGGAAAGGAAGAUACCAACCACUUCUUCUCCUGUAUGCCACACCAGAUGGAACUCCUGUCAAUACUGAAAAUGCUCCAAAACAAAUCACUCAAAUUGUUCCGCAAAAAUCUUCGUCUAAAAAAACGAACCCUCCACAAAACUUCGUAAGACGAUCUGUCACACCAAGCCCGGAAAAACCGAAUAUUGGGAACACGAGAAGAGCCAUAACACCAAACCCAGACUGCGCAUUGAAUCAAAAACCUCCACUACCGAAACCAUAUAACGAGUAUCAAAACCUUUCAGUAAUUCAGAACAACUUACAGAAUGGAAGCGACGUUCCAGAUGGUUAUGUUAGCCGCAAAGAAGCCUAUGUCCGAAAAUUAGAUCUAGACGUUUUGAAUAAACCUUCUGUUAACAUUCACAGAACUCUCAGUAAUGGGUCUUCAUCUGGAAUUGAAGGCAUGUCAGAUAGUAUGAAUUUCCCCAGGAGAAGGGACUCUGGUAAUUGGAGUGGUGAUAGAAAUAGCGCUUCUUCUGCCUCGUCCACGACAAUGGAAAAUCCUUAUUUAUAUCUAGUUGGAAAAGUUCCUCACGGUAAUGUUCCAGAAAGCCCAACAUUAGUUAAGAGUGACUCGUCUAGUGCUGGCAGCGCAAUUUACGAUGCAGGAUACGAUUCUUACUCUCUGUCAUCCAACGAUAGCUCAACGAUGACUACACUACAGCAUAUGAUGAAAAUAGGCCACCUUGCUAAGAUACCAGAAGAUUAUAAUAAUAUCUCUGUCCAAGGUAAUCAGAGUUGCGAUGUUUUGUGCGACGAAGCUGAUGAACUCUUAGUCAAAUCUAGACAAUUAGAAGACGAGCACGAUUUAGUUCUUGCUUUAGCGUUAUGCAAUGCUGCUGCAACUAAGGCCAGAGCUGCAAUGAACGCACCUUAUAAUAAUCCUCAAACCCUUACAUUAGCCAGAAUGAAACACAACACUUGUAUCAUGCGAGCAAGAAGUCUACACAGAAGAAUGACCCAAACAGCUCCUAACAAGGAAGCUGUUCCUCCAGAAAUUAGACACACUAGAGAGGGGAGUAGUGGCAGUGGCAGACAUUCUCGUCAAAAUUCAAGAGACAAAGGUCAACACUCCAGACAGAACAGCAAAGAAUUAUUGACCAACCUCCCACAGCCUGAUAAACCCACCCAUAAAAAUAUAGAAAUAUAUGCAACCCUCCCGAAGAGGAAAGAUUUAUUGAAAAAUCGCAUUGAAACCAUAAACAUUGAGGAACCAUUGCAACAAACUCCAAAUGAAAAGGAACCUUUAAAAGAAACGCGUAGUUUCUUCUCACGAUCGAAACAGAAGGAAAGCAGUAAACGAGAAAAGCGCUCAAGAAGUGAAGACCGAAGUAAAAGGGUUGUAGAAUUCACUCUUACUCCUGAAAUCAUAGAUAUCAAACCUAAAGUUAAGGAAGAAAAAGAUAAAGAAAAGGAUAAGGACGGCAAAUCGAAAAAACAACAUAAAAUACGAAGGAAGCUAUUGAUGGGUGGACUGAUCAAGAGAAAGAAUAGAAGCAUGCCCGAUCUAACUGAUGCCAAUCCAGAAAUGAAGUCUCCAGAAGUACCUCCAAAAUUAAGUUCUGUGGACGAUAGUAAAGUAGGUCUCAAGGAAAAUGCUGACAAAAGUAAAUCUAUGAGUGGAUAUCUAUCUGAAGGCCACCUAGAGUUCAGUCCAAACAACACCAAUCCUAAUUUGAAGAAGAGUAAAUUGAUGAAGAAAAGUUUUUAUGCCAGCGCUGGCAAAAUACUGAGUGUUCCGAAAGUACCCCCACCUCCACCUCUUCGUACCACUUCCCAACUAACUGCGUCAAAGCCUCAAAUGAAUGAUGAUGAACUAAGGGACUGCAAGAACGAGUAUCAAAAUCUGUAUGAGCUGAAUAAUAGUAUGAGCUACGACACUUCGAUCUUAGAAAGGUUGAGAUUCGAACAGCUGCAACAAAAAUUCAAUGAUAGCAAUAACAGCAACAGUAGUUUCAAUACUAGUACAAGCAGUUAUGGAGGCCAACCAACUACAGUAGUGACAACAGCUGAUGUUCAUAGGGAACCCAGAGGAUCUAUCGAUCAUUUAAAUAGUAUAGAUCAGGUAGAUUGUGCUCCACCUAAGCACCUAUUGCAACCUUUGGAUCUUCCUCCAUAUCCUAGUCCGGCAGGUUCAACGGUACAUUCUAGGCAAGCAAGCGAAGAUUUUCCUCCACCACCUCCUCCGCUAGACUUGUCAGCUCUUGAUGAACAUCUUCCGCAACCGUCACUUCCGCCCAGAGUUAGCACUGAUAGUCUACAAGGCCAGUUACAAAAUAAACGCGAACAAAUAUUUUCCAAUGAUACAACCAAACAUCAUUUGGAAGCUUGUUCGAUAACUUCAGGAGGUGAAACGUGGCUCAAAGAACUUCAAGCAAAACAAGCUGCUCUGAAAAUUAAACGAAUAGAAAGUUUCACAAAGAAAAGUGAUGGUGGAUGUGAUGUUGUGAAUACUCAAAGAUUUUUGCCAGGGGACAUAAGCUUGAAAGCUGCAUCCGUGAGAGAUUUGACGUCUAAAUUUGAAAAUAAGAGGCCCGAACCUUCCAUAGAAGUGCUUCCCCAUAAAAACCAGCCAAUAUUCAAUGAGGAAUGUAGCAAUAACCUGACGAAGAAACAAGAAUCAGAGUCCAUAGCUCCCGAACAAAUUGCAGAAGAAAUAAGGGAAGUAGAAAGGAUCAAUGCUACUUUACAAGAAACACUUAAUUGUAAUAAACAAAAUGCCAUCGAAGAACGUAAAAAAACUAAAUUAGGGAAAAAGAAAAGUGUUUCAUUCUGCGACCAAGUGAUCCUAGUUGCUACAGCAGAGGAUCAAGAAGAUGAUAGUUACAUUCCAAAUCCAAUUUUAGAACGUGUUCUUCGUUCUGCCAUAAAUAAACCAGAAAGCAAUGAAAUCGAAACAAAAAACAUGUCAGAGGAUAGUGAGAAAGUGCUGAAUAGUCUUGGUCAAUCACCUUCGAUGGAAGAACAUAAAACGUCAAGUGAAAACUUAUUCGACAUCACAAUGAGAAAUACAAUGGAGAAUUCUAAAAUAGCUAAUCCCAACAUUAUCACUAAAAUCACUAAUCAAGACCCUCAGAAAGUUAUUUCUCCAAUACAAUACCAGUCAGCUUACUCUAGUGUAGCAUUUGCUCAUAAUAAGAAUACAACGCCAAAUGGUUCUAUGCUGUCAAAUGGUAUUCCAUCAAUUCAGCCAACUUAUUCGGUCAAUCAUUUUUCACAAUAUCCAACUGGUGCCUCUCAAAAUCCUCAACUUGGUAAUCAUUUAUACGAUACUUAUAAUUCAGCGUAUCCAGAGAAUUCUGGGAACAGUAUGCCAUACAAUUAUGUUCCUCAAAAUCCAUCAACUCUCUCACAACAGCCGUCACACCCACAGCAACCACUUUACCCUGGGAAUCCACACCAUAACCAAUAUAUGUUAUACAAUAAUAGAAGCGAAAGUUUUGAUCAGGUUUCACAUCAAAUCCAACAACAUCAGCAGCAGCCACCGCAGAUUCAUCAUAAACAACAGCAACUUCAGGUCCAUCAUCAACAACUGCAAUCACAAAUUCACAAUCAACAGCAGCAACAUCCCGUUCAACAACAGCCACAAGUACAUCAACAAAUCCCUCAUCAACAGCCUCAUUCAUACAACUAUUCUCUCCAAAAUACUCAUCAAACACCUUCUUACUUACCUGCUAGUGCCCAUUAUAACAACUCGUAUCAACAAAAAUCUCACCAAGUCAAUUCAGCAGUUCCCAGUCUUCCUUUGAAUUCUUAUCCGUCCCAAAAUAUGUAUCCUUCAUCUUCUCAAGGAUAUGUAGGUCAACCAACACCUCAAAAUCCUUACAGUAGUGAAGGUAUUUCUCGUCACUCUCCGAAUAUGCAACAGCAAAAUUAUGGAAACCAACCUAUGAGGCCCGCCUAUCAACAUCCACCACAACCUGUGAAAGCUCACACUCAACUCUCGAGGACUGGUACAGGUGUUUACCAGUCAGUUCCUUAUUCCACGAAACAAACAUCCAAUCCUGUUUAUCAAAGAGUCCCCUCUAAUGAUUACAAUAUGAAUCAAAAUCCUUCAUAUCAAAGGCUACCUUCGAGGACCUAUGGGGCUGAUCAGGAUCAACAAAAAAUGUACGAUCCUUAUCAAAGAGUGCCUUCCCCCCACAGUGAAAGAGACGCUUACAACCAAAUAUCCCAAGUGAGAAAUUUUGACGGGAAUAUUGAAAGAACUGACCCCCUAAUGCCCCAAGCUGUAGUGACUCCCAUUUUAGUGAAUAAUGCCAAUAACAGUAUUCCAGACAAGACUAAGUGUAAUUUGUGCAGAAAAAAAGUUGUAGUUUUAAGUAAUUUAUAUUGUGCUGAUUGCGAAUAUUAUAUGUCAAGAUUCAAACCGAAAGUUUAAUCACCUAUUAAAUUUUCUACUGAUGUUCCAGAGUGCAAUUACCCAUAACUUAAAAAUAAGUUUUAAUUGCGCAAGCCUGCUGUACAAAAAUAUCAUGAGUUUGUGAUAUUAGUUCUAAGUUUUCAAAAUGUUUAUACAUAAAUUUUUAUGUUAAAAAUGUUGUUUUACAUUGGAGAACUUCUACAAAGAAUUCUCCUGAUUGAAAGUGUAGUACUCUGACCUAAAUAUGUUUGAAUCUUGCCAAUUUGAUGUCUCAAAUUAGUUAGUAUUGAUUUCUUUCGUUUAGGAUAGCAGAGCUACUGAAAGAUCUCAUGAAAAAGUUAGAUUAAGUAUAAUCUAAGCAAAUUUUGAUGAAGUUAUAUAUUUUUUAUAAAAAUAUAUUUCUUCUGGAAGAAACUAUAUAUUUUGUUACUUUUGUAUCCUUAAUUGAAUGAAAAAUGUAUGAAUAAAAUUGUUGUGAAUAAAAA